AUCCGCCGCCGCUCGUGCCCGCGCGGUUAAGGGGCGUUUGCGCGUUCCCGAGUGACCAGGAAAUAUGGCGGCGCUCAUGACUCUGAGUCAGUUAUCAAGUGGAAACCCAGUCUAUGACAACUACUACAGACAGCUGGAUCCAGGGAACACAGGCAAAAUAUCAGCUGGAGAUGCAGCUCAGUUCCUUAAAAAGUCAGGGCUGUCAGACAGCACGUUGGGAAAGAUAUGGGAUUUGGCAGACUCGGAAAGAAAAGGCUAUUUGGAUAAAAGGGGUUUCUUCAUAGCUCUGAGACUGGUGGCGUCAGCACAGAGUGGAAAUGAUAUCAGCCUGCACAACCUCAAUCAAAACUUAGCUGCACCCAAAAUUAAAGACUCUAACAGCCCAUUAUUAAGUGUUUCAACCACGGGACCUGACUCUCAGUGGGCAAUUAGGGCUGAUGAAAAAGGGAAGUUUGAGGGCAUUUUUGAGAGUCUGUCCCCUGUAAACGGUCUACUCUCAGGUGAUAAAGUCAGGCCCAUUUUAAUAAACUCCAAGCUACCUCUGGAUGUGUUGGGAAAGAUUUGGGAUCUAAGUGAUGUUGACAAAGAUGGACAGUUGGACAAAGAGGAAUUCACAGUGGCAAUGCAUCUUGUGUAUCGUGCCAUGGAGAUGGAGCCUGUCCCAGCUACCUUACCCUCCUCCCUCAUCCCCCCAUCUAAAAGGAAGAAGACUGCAGGUAAACUCCCAGGAGCUGUGGCCGUGCUGCCUGCUCUGUCUGGGUUUACAGCUGGCUCGGCUCCUUUCAAAGAUUCCCUGCGAAGCACUCCUCCUCUGGGCAGCGCAGCCCUCCUGAGCAACAGUACUGUCAACCUGUCUCCAAAACACUCCUUUAAAUCCAGCACACCGCCGGCUGUAAACUGGGUGGUACCGGCGGCUGACAGGGAAAGAUAUGAUGAAAUCUUCAAAAAAACAGAUGGGGAUAAUGACGGCCUUGUGACUGGAACUGAAGUCAUUGAGAUCUUCAUGCUGUCCACUCUCUCUCAGACAAUGCUGGCACAGAUAUGGGGACUUGCUGACACCAAACAAACAGGCAAGCUGAACCGGGAGCAGUUCUCUCUGGCCAUGUAUCUGAUCCAGCAGAAGGCCACCAAAGGUAUCGACCCUCCCUCCAGUCUAACCCCUGAAAUGAUCCCCCCAUCAGAAAGGACUGCUGCUUCAGCUGUGGGUCAGAACUUUGUGGGGUUUAUGCCAGCUGUGAGACCUGAUCUUGCUUCACUUGCUAAUACGCGCAGAGACAGCACCGGCUCGGCUGGGUCGGCCGAGCUGAUAGGCAUCAAAGAGCUGGAUGACCUCAGCCAGGAAAUAGCUCAGCUGCAGAGAGAUAAAUUCAUUUUGGAGCAAGAGAUCAGGGAAAAGGAGGAAACCAUCAGACAACAAAAUACUGAUGUUCAGGACAUGCAGAAUGGCUUGGACAGGGAGAGCAGCAGCUUGCAGGACCUGGAGUCUCAGAAGCAGGAUGCACAGGAACGUCUGGAGGAGAUGGACCAGCAGCGCUCAAAGCUGGAGGGAAUGCUAAAUGACGUCAAGCAAAAAUGCCAGGAAGAGACGCAGAUGAUCUCGUCCCUGCAGAGCCAGAUCCACUCCCAGGAGACCGACCUCCGCAGCCAGGAGGAUGAACUGAGCCGCACUAAGGUGGACCUGAGCAGGCUGCAGGAGGAGGAGGCCCAGCUGGAGCAGAGCCUGCUCACUGGUCGCGUGCAGCUGGACAGCAUCAUCAAAUCUCUCAGAACCACUCAGGAAGAGCUCAGCCAGGCACGCAGCAAGUUGUCCAUGAUCCAGGACAGCCAAAAGGAAGUGACCAAGACCAUUGAGCAGUACAACAUCGCUUUGAGCGACAUCAACGGAGGGAAUCUCAGCAACCUGCCGGACUUAAACGAAGGGUUUGCUGAGAAGCAGAACGGAGGUUUCAGAAAUGCGGAUGACUCUUUUAAGUCAAAGCUAGCCAUGUUCAACAACAGCGCUGCGAAGGAGACUCCAGUAGACCCCUUCCAGACAGAAGACCCUUUCAAGACCGACCCUUUCAAAGAUUCAUUUGGAGAUCCCUUCAAAGAAAGCGAUCCCUUCAAAGGCACCACAUCUGAUGACUUUUUUAAGAAUACAGACAAGCCAAACCUGUUUGGAUCCUCUGACCCAUUUGGUAGAAAACCCACACCGCCAGCAAAGCCAAGUGCCUUCAACAGUGGUGACCCUUUCACAUCAAACAGCCAAAAACCAAAGGACUCAGAUGUGUUUGGGACAAAAGACCCCUUUGGAAGCAAAUCUUUUGGAAACAAGGGAGGUGGAUUUGCUGACUUCAGUCAGAUGUCAAAGAAGUCGGACAACCCUGUGCUCCCAUCGAAGAAAAAUGUGCCCAAUCGACCUGCACCUCCCUAUGGAUCUGAAUAUGACGAGUUUGGAAAUGAGAACCAGCAGCUGGAGUGGGCCAAGCGGGAGAGCGAGCGUGAGGAGCAGGAGAGGCUGAGGAAGCUGCGGCUCCAGGAACAGCAGGACCUGGAGCUGGCCAUCGCUCUCAGCAGGGCCGACAUGCCCAGCUCCUGACCAGGAAUGCCCACACCACAGCUCUUAGUCUUCUUUCCCCCACUGCCUUACAGUCCCUCUGUCCUUAGGCUCAUGACAACAGCACCAACACAGGCUUAACAUGACUGGCAGCCCUCUGUUACCAAUUUGUGUAAGAGAACAGUGCUUCUCCAGCCACAGAUGGACUCCUGUCAAACGCCUCCAGAUUUAGCAACCCGUUAAGGUUCAUGACUCCAAACUCUGAGGCCACUGUAAUCAGGGACCAUACGAGCAAUCUUGAUUCAAACCGGCCUCACUCUGCAAAAACAAAUCCAUUUAACACAACCCCAAUCAACUAGACUCCAACCUAUAUCUAUCUUCAUAUCUUUCGUCUAAUCACUCUGAAGUAUAAAACACCUUUGUGUUAUGAAAGAAUAACCUUUUAAGAAUAUUUUACAGUUUAAUUUAUAGAAAAAACAACACAUAUGUUGUGUGAGAAGUACUUGUAAAUUAAAUGUAUAAACUUUUUUAUAUAACCUUUAACCUUUCUUAAUAAUCAUGCCCAGAUAACUUUACAUGCUAAAUACUUUGUCGCCCUUUGAUCCGUUUGCCUGAUUUCCAAUGUUUAGUUUUAAGGAACUCCUUUAUAUACUGUAAAUACUGUUAGAUGACGGUUUAAGGACAAGCUUAAGAAAAGCUGUAUCCUUCUUUUUUUUAAGCAGACUCAUCUUAAAAGACCUGAGCAUAGUGUUCAGAUGAUCGAUGCUAUGAUUUAGUGUUCUAUUUCUCAUGAGUUACAAGUGUUUUAACCAUUUAUGCUGACUUAAUAUUUUAGGCCUUAAAAUAAAUGAAGUGAAAAAUGUUGAAACAUAACCAAACUCUCAAGUGGGACAUGUGUAUGUAUGAAAUUUAAAAGUUAUUGCUUUUGAACACCCAAUGAAGCCCUUACAUAGCUUUUCUCAAAUAGAAGUUUUGCCUUGUCCUUGUUCAACACUUCAGAUGCUGUUGAUAAUCACAGAGGUCUUCCUUUAUUAUGAACAAAGUUCAGCCCAUCUGCAGCGCUGUUGCACCAUCCCUCUGAUGUCAACAGCUUGUGUCUGUCAGGUGGACUAUCAUUGGUUGCCUUGUAACGCCCUUGUAACAACAACUUGCACUCCUAUACAACUAAAAGCCUCUAUAAAAUGGAAUAGGUGUAAACUUGUGUUGUUUAUACUGGUGCUGUUACACUUAACUGCUUUACACACAAUGCACAGUGAUGUCUGCUUUCAGCUUUUUGCUCAUCUUUUUCCACAUCGACCGGUGGAUCUCUAUUUAUUUUCCUAUUGUAUUAUUUUUCUCAGUUUUGUCUCGUGAUGUCUUAUGAUCCAGUUGGAGGACAUUUCUUGAAAUGCCUUAAAUUCUUGCAUCUUUGUAAUUAUGAAACACUAAUCAGGUUUAUUGGGCACAUAAUGUACGCACUUGUAUAUUCCAGAGUUGACUGGAUACCUACAGAGUGACAGCGCCUUAUUUAUCAACAUAUCGACAUUGUAACAUUGUAACUUGCAGAGUAUGUAUGUGAUUAAAAAAGAUCUCAGCUUUGAGGUGCUCAGAACUGUUGUAAUUUUUAAUUGAAUAAAAGGGAUUUUUAAAACUC